GUCAAUAACAUUGCAGGAUAAGAUGCAGCAGAUAAAAGAAACGAUGACAAACAAAGAGUUUGAUGAAUUACUCACAGAAGAUGAGUCAUCCCCUGAAGCGAAAAAGUCUGAAGCAAAUAUUAAGAAACAAGGAAUUAAAAAACGACAAAGACGGCAGAACAGAUCUAUGACAUCGAGCGAAGAUGCGAUACUUAAUACUCCAACAAAACCAUCUUCAAGGGAAAAGAAUACAAUUACAGGAUUCCAGGAAAUAAGAAACACGUAUAAAUCGAAUGCUCUAUUGGAUCCAUAUAUCAAGGUAUCUGUAAAAAAAAGAAUUGAGGCAUUUGAACAGGCAGACAUGAACAGUCCAAAACUUUCUGUUGAUAUUGAUGCACCAACUAGAAUAAGUCGAACAAAAACACGAGAAUAAAACACUAGAGCUGCUGCACAAACAGAAGCUUCGGA